AUGUGCAGAGCUCAGGCUGGUGUCGACCAGACUGGCGGUGGUGCUGCUCCCGGCAGCACCCAUGGCCGCGAGCUGCUUCCUGCCAAUGUCAUUCCUCGCCAUUACCAUGUUACUCUCGAGCCCGACUUUAACAAGCUGACCUUUGACGGUACCGUUGUCAUUGAUCUGGACGUUGCCGAGGACUCCAACUCGGUGUCGCUCAAUACUCUUGAGCUCGACAUCCACAGCUCCAAGGUUUCUGCCAACGGCCAGACUGUCAGCUCCGCCCCCAAGAUUUCCUACGAUGAGCCCACUCAGACCAGCAAAUUUGAAUUCGACGGCUCUCUUGCCAAGGGUUCCAAGGCCCAACUCGAGGUCAAGUUCACGGGUCAGCUCAACGACAAGAUGGCCGGCUUCUACCGGUCCACAUUCAAGCGCGACGACGGCACCGAAGGCACCCUUGCCUGCUCUCAGAUGGAGCCUACAGACUGCCGCCGAGCUUUCCCCUGCUUCGAUGAGCCUGCUCUCAAGGCCAAGUUCACCGUCACGCUCAUUGCAGACAAGAACUUGACCUGCUUGAGUAAUAUGGAUGUUGAGAAGGAGGAAGAUGUUCAGUCCACCAUCAGCAACACAACCAAGAAAGCCGUUCACUUCAAUACCUCUCCUCUCAUGUCCACCUAUCUCGUAGCCUUUGUUGUUGGUGAGCUGAAUUAUGUCGAGUCCACCGACUUUCGCGUUCCUGUCCGCGUCUAUGCUCCCCCCGGCCAGGACAUUGAGCACGGCCGGUUUUCUCUCAACCUUGCCGUCCGGACCCUUGAGUUUUACGAAAAGGUCUUUGGAAUUGAGUUCCCUCUCCCGAAAAUGGACCAGGUCGCCAUUCCCGACUUUGCCCAAGGUGCAAUGGAGAACUGGGGACUUGUUACCUACCGAGUUGUUGACUUGCUUCUCGACGAGAAGACCAGCGGCGCCGCUACAAAGGAGCGUGUGGCCGAGGUUGUCCAGCACGAAUUGGCUCAUCAGUGGUUCGGCAACCUCGUCACCAUGGACUGGUGGGAGGGUCUCUGGUUGAAUGAGGGUUUCGCUACUUGGACUUCCUGGUACUCCUCCAACGUAUUCUACCCGGAGUGGAAGGUCUGGGAGAACUAUGUUACCGACAAUCUGCAGUCUGCUCUGUCGCUUGACUCUCUCCGCAGCUCCCACCCUAUCGAGGUGCCCGUUAAGCGAGCCGACGAAAUCAACCAGAUCUUUGAUGCAAUCUCUUACUCCAAGGGCUCUUGUGUUCUUCGCAUGGUUUCCACCUACCUUGGCGAGGAGACCUUCCUUGAGGGCGUCCGUCAAUACUUGAAAAAGCACGCGUAUGGUAACACCCAGACUGGUGACCUGUGGGACUCUCUGAGUGCUGUUAGCGGCAAGCCCGUCCACGAGGUCAUGCAAGCAUGGACCAAGGAAGUUGGGUAUCCAGUCUUGACCGUGUCCGAAGAUGCUGAUAACAGCUCCAUUCACGUCAAACAAAACAGAUUCCUGCGAACCGGUGACGCCAAGCCCGAGGAUGACAAGAUUCUGUACCCUGUCUUCCUCGGUCUUCGCACCAAGGACGGUGUUGAUGGCCAGAUCGCUCUCAAUGAGCGCGAGAAGGACUUCAAGGUUCCAAGCACCGAUUUCUUCAAGCUGAAUGCCAACCACACUGGUAUUUUCCGCACCUCGUACUCUCCUGCUCGUCUGGAGAAACUUGGUCAAGCUGCCAAGGAUGGCCUGCUGUCCGUUGAGGAUCGCGCUGGUAUGAUUGCUGAUGCUGGUGCGCUUGCCACUUCUGGCUACCAAAAGACUUCUGGUGUGCUCAACCUACUGAAGGGCUUCGACUCUGAAACCGAAUUCGUUGUCUGGAACGAGAUUAUCGCUCGCCUGGGCGCCAUCCAGAGCGCCUGGGUGUUUGAGGAUGCGGCCAUCACCGAUGGUCUGAAGGCUUUCCAGCGUGACUUGCUGAGCCCCAAGGCACACAAAAUGGGCUGGGAGUUCUCUGAAAACGACGGCCAUAUUGAGCAGCAGUUCAAGGCUCUGCUCUUUGAGAGCGCCGGCCUCAGCGGCGAUCAGAAGAUCAUCGACGCCUCCAAGGACAUGUUCAACAGGUUCAUGGCCGGCGACAAGGCCGCCAUCCACCCCAACAUUCGCAAGAGCGUGUUUGCCAUCUCUUUGCGAUAUGGCGGUACCGAAGAGUAUGACAAAAUCCUCGACUUUUAUAGAUCGACUUCUGGCUCCGACGAACGGAAUACCUGUCUCCGCAGCUUCGGCCGUGCCAAGCAACCGGAGCUCAUCAAGCGCACGCUCAGCCUUCUUUUCAGCUCUGAUGUCAAGGACCAAGACGUGUACAUGCCAAUCAUCGGCUUGCGCACUCAUGCUGAGGGUAUUGAGGCCUUGUACGAGUGGAUGGAGGAGAACUGGGAUCUUCUCUGCAAGAAGCUCCCUCCCGGUCUGUCCAUGCUUGGCAGUGUAGUCAACAUUAUGACUUCUGGAUUCACAUCUCAGAAGCAGCUCGACAGGGUGGACAAGUUCUUCGAGUCCAAGAAUACCAAUGGAUACGACCAAUCGUUAGCUCAGAGCAGAGACGGCAUCCGGUCCAAGAUUGCAUGGCUGUCGCGUGACAAGGACGAUGUUGCUGCGUGGGUGAAGGCUAAUGGGUACUCCAAGUAA